AUGGUAGUCAAUUUGAUUAAUCAUUUGAUUCAACAUUGCAACAGAGUUGUAAGAUUCAGGAGUUUUUUUCUGUUUUACAGAAAACUGGCUCUGAAAUACCAUCCAGACAAGAAUCCAGACAACCCCGAAGCAGCAGAAAAGUUCAAGGAAAUCAACAAUGCCAACUCAAUCCUCACUGAUGAGACCAAGCGCAAGAUCUACGAUGAAUAUGGCUCCAUGGGGCUCUACGUGUCCGAGCAGUUUGGAGAAGAUAGUGUCAAAUACUAUUUCCUCAUGUCGAAGUGUUGGUUCAAGGCUAUGGUCAUGUGCUGUGCCGUUUUCUCCUGUUGCUGCUGCUGUUGCUGCUGCUGUUUCUGCUGUGGAAAGUGCAAACCACCAGAGGAGGAUGAGAACUACCAGUAUGUGGACCCAGAAGACCUGGAGGCCCAGAUCAAAGCAGAGCAG